AUGUCGACGUCUCUCUUCUUCGGCCAGAUCGCAUCGAGCAUAGAUAACGAAGAAGAGCAAGGAGCAUUUCCAAUCAUACUCAGUCUAUUCGCACCAAAACAACGCGAGCGAGAAGCAAACAUAUGGCUUACCCAAAAAGAUGCGACGAUGGCAAGCUACAUCGGAUGCCCGAAGACGACCAACAAUCCUCCGUCAGGUACACGAAAGCGAGUCACAGCAGUCCGUCGCUUCAACCUGAGCGUGGCAGUGAAUGAUAACGAUCAACUCGUUACGCCUUUUGCUUCGCAGGACAUUGAGCCCAGCUCCCCGGAUCGCUCCUCCACCCUGCCGUCACGUAACGCCACGCCAAACACGCCAACUCCAGGUGACGGUCCGCUCGAUCAAGAUGCUCCAGCUAUUUCAAUCGUGAACACUUCCACUUCUUCACUACACAACGGAUCAUCUGUACAGCUCGAGCGUACCCCUGCAGAAGGACAAGACUACCAAAUUUUCCCAUCGUCAAGGCCGCUUGCUGGACACACGCCUGAUCAUCGCCGAACAAACACCACCACUCAACAAGGCUCUCGACAGUCUCCAUCAGGCAUUGCCGGCAACAUGAGCCUCAACAACCAUCAUCGUGCUAUGGCAAGCCUGUCACCAUCAUCCACGAUUCUCGUGCUAGAGACUAAAAUUAGAGACGAUAUACCUGCAGGCCGCGGCCACUACGAGAUGUUUGGUAGCUCAGACGCUUCUGAUGCCGAGUCUGGCAGAGACGAUCCGCCUUACAAAAUGAUAGCCGGCCGUGCUCGCGAAAAGGUUGUGCGCCUGACCGCGACUGUGGAAAGUAGUAAUCAUCUUCUGCAGCGCCUUGGUCGCCGACAUGAGUUCGACACCGCCGAGCUUGCUCGAUCACAGGCUCUGAGUGCUCAACUCAAGCAGGAGAGGGAUGCUGCUGUUGCUGAGGCUGACGGCCAGGCUGCUGCUGUAGCGGCUGGAGAGGAGUUGGCCGUUGCGAAGAAGGAUGGUCAUAUCAAGAUACUUCGCUGGUCAUUGGUGCUCUUUAUCUUGGCUGUGGUGGCGUACAUGUAUUGGUGCUGGCGCAACUCCGCUGAAUUCUUGUACAUCAGAGAGGUGAGAAGGAAAUUCUAUGAUACGGGGAUGCUGUAG